AUGGCUGACAACAGUACACAAAGUAUUGACGAUCAGCUUGAGAAACAACAUUUUAUCCGUGUUUGUAAUGCUUUCAAGUUCUACAGAACUCACUCUCACAGACGAAUCAAUGACUCGGAAAUUUCCUAUAAAGCUUUACCAGAACUUCACCAGGAAAUGGUUCCUGACUUUUUGGACAAUCUAGAGACCAUUCGGACAUGUGUUGACCAUAACUAUGAAAUCAUUAAGCUUAUAUUACAAGAUGCAGAGUACAUGUUCGAAAACCAGACACAGGAUACCAUAGACGAUUCAGAAGAAGACAUGAAAAAGACAGUCCCCACAUCAGCUGACAUGGACAAAGUACGGACAACUCUAAAGCAGUUUGUACGUGACUGGAGUCCGCUAGGCCAACAGGAGAGAGAUGCAUGUUAUAGACCUGUAAUUGAAGAAAUCAAACACAGGUUCCCAUUGCAUGUAUGUGAUCGUUCGUCAGUGAAGGUGUUGAUACCAGGAGCUGGACUAGGGAGACUUGCCCUUGAGUUUGCUAAGUUAGGCUUCACAUGUCAGGGAAAUGAAUGGAGUCUUUUUAUGUUAUUGGCAUCAAACUUCAUCCUCAACAAAUGUCGAGAAGAAAACAGUCUAAGGUUGUAUCCCUGGGUACACCAGUGGUGUAACAAUAAAUACACAGAUGAUCAGACACAAUCAGCACAACUCCCUGACAUCAACCCGGCACAGCUCCCAGAGGGCUCAAACUUCUCCAUGGCUGCUGGCGACUUCUUAGAAGUUUACAGAGAACCAGAAGAAUGGGACUGUGUGGCAACUGUAUUUUUCCUGGAUACAGCACGCAAUGUGAUAGCUUACGUUGAAACAAUAUGGAAGAUACUACAGCCAGGCGGAUACUGGGUGAACUUAGGCCCCUUGCUCUACCACUAUGCAGACAUGGCAGACGAACACUCAAUAGAAUUAAGCUAUGAACAAGUCAAGAAGGUCAUCCUAAAAGUAGGAUUCCAAUAUGAAAAAGAAGAAAUGGAUGUGAAAUCGUCGUACACACAAAGCGUUGAUAGUAUGUUCCAGUAUCAGUAUAACAGUGCUUUCUUCGUGGUUCGUAAACCUCUCUGACACAUGGAAUCUUUAAUCUGCUCUUUCGUCCAAGAAACUAUUUUAAGUGAGAUUAUGAUAAUAAUUUCCUCUGAAAACUGUGAACAAGUGAGUAUACACCAUGAGAUGGGACUAAAACACAUUCAGGAGCUACAGGAAGGACAUUAUUUCUUUUGUAGGUUUUUUUAUUUGUAUUUUCAAGGGUUUGGUUUUUAUUCUCAAGUGUAUUAAUACUAUAAUUUAUUCAGAAUUGUCCUGUCAUGGUUAUUAAAAAUAUUUUUCAUUCAGAUAUGUUUAAUCUUAAGGAAACUGCAGUAGUAUUGUAAACUUGCCUUUAACUAUCUCUAAAAUGGUUCUUAUCAAGUGUUGCUAUUUUUCAUGGUCGAUUCAAAAUCCAGUAUGGCUAACAAUGCAACUCUAUUGAAAAACACAUGUGUAAUUCUCAAGUUCCACUUCCUGUUCCACUGAGCUGAAAAUUGGUGGGAAUGUUAAGGAAGGAAAGCAAGAAAAGUGUCUUUUUGUUUUACAAUUUCGUGAUAAGUUCAAUAUGGCAGCCGUGGCAGCCAUUUUGUAAUAGGAUUGCACAAUCACUGUCUGUCAGAACUGCAUCAAUUUUUAAGUUCUUUUCAUGUUCAACAAGUUAGAUUUAGCUGAAACUUUCAGGACAUGUUCUUGAUAUGUUCCUGACCAAGUGUUGUAAUAUUGUAAUAUAAUGGUAUUAUGUGUUGUUGUUACAAUAUUGUGACACCUUAAUAGACAAUACCACACAAGUUUAUAAAAAAAUAUAGUAACACAUACACAGCCUUCAUGUAAAAUAAACAAAAUGCUGAAGAAAAGAAUGAAAAUUUAGGAACAGAAAAUCCAGACAUACUUAUGUUAAUGCAGUACUAUUGUCUCCCACUAAUAUUUCAUUGGUCAACAUCUUAUACAUUAAACAUUCUUGUCCAAUAUUUCAUAUUUUUCCUGGUGUUGAUAAUUAUUAACAAUAUGAAGUGAAAAGUGUAAUUUUGCCAUGGACAUUAUGGAACAAACCACAAAUUCUGGGCAAUUUACAUUGGAGAUAUCUAUUUUUUUUGGAUAUUUUGUGUGUGUUUUUUAAAAAAUCCAUUCUGUGAUUCAGGAAAGGAAAAAUAAGACCCUUAAAAUUAAUAACAUUAAACAUAGAUAUUCAUCAACAUGUUCAGUGUAGUUCAGGAGCCUUUGUUUAUUUAAACAUCUUGGUGCUGCAUUUGUGUUAGUUCCUAAAAACUCUUCAUUCAUUUACAAAUUAUUUGUUUAUGUUGUGUGAGAUAUCUGUAUUAAUGAGUUUUAUAGGAUGUGUGAUUGUGUAUGCAUGAAAAAAUGUCACUGAAAUUGAUCAUAAAUCUCAUCCAAGCUGUAUACCGUAUUUUACCACAAAUAAGCCCCCCCCCCCCCCCCCCCCAGUUAAAAAAAGACUUGUAUAAAGAGGGGAGGGGGCUUAUUUGCGGGCAAUCCCCCUUUUCACAAGAUGAACAUGUGUCCGCCAUCUAGGAUUUUUUCUUCAUAAGGAACAAUAACUUGGCCUAUCUGUCCUGGCAAAUUGGAAAAAAAAGGGGGGGGGGGCUUAUUUGCGGUGAAAUACGAUACUCUGUACCAGGAAAUUUUUGCCCCGCCCCCAAAUUUCAUUUUCGUCCUUUUUGAUAAGGGCCAAAAUUUACUACAUUUAUGUGACCCUUUUGUAUAAUCCUUUUAACACGAGUCAAACUCAUGUUUAAUGGUACCAGGGCAAAAAUAUCCAGGAUACAGUACGUCAUUGAUUUCAUUGGUUAUAUCAAAAGACAUAAUUUUAUUAUGAAAAAUGCAACAGACCUAGAAAACGUUGAUAACUUAGCAUUUAAACAUUUUACGUUGUGAGAGAUUUUAGUUACUUGUUAAACACAACAGAUGAUUGUUAACAAAGCAUUAGUACAUAGAUCAUUAAUUUUUGGUUUUACUCUUCCAUGUUGUUUUUCAUGUAAAAUAGUUUUAAAGCAAUUAACUCGUCUGCAGAAGGACAAUCAAUGUGCUUGGUUGUCUGUAACAACAAAUUAACAUCCGAUUGCUGCUGAAAUAGAAAAAAAAUAUUCACUAUGUACAAAAUUGAAGCUUGUAGCUGAACGUGAAAAAGUCUCACAUGCGUUUUAACCGAUCAUAAAGUGGCAUGAUCUUCAGAUCAUCCUUGUGAAAUUUAUGUGUUGAACUAAUAAGGUUAAACAAAAAUAGAUCAUGUUUAAAUUAGUAUGCCGUUUAUGAAGCCCACGACUCGCGACAAAAAGAAAGCCAGUAGAGCAGUGAGAAUCUAAACACAUUGCUAUGAUACCGUACCAUUGUUAUUAUUUGAUAAAGAUAUCAAACAGCAUGCCAACGAUAUUACUGGGAUUCAUUGUAUAUUGUGUUGACAUGAUACGGAUAAAGAAUACACAUUGAUUCAUAUUAUCAUAAUGGCUACUUAAAAUCUGAGCUGGAGGACUUAGCAAUGACUCAUGCUGAAUAUGAAACUUCUGCGUUGUAUUCUUCAUCUUUUUUCAUUUGUGUCUUUACUUCCAUUGGGCAACAGAAUGCCUCUAGACCUUCUCUAAACACAACCUCGGCUUUGACAAUUUAAUCCUAAGAUUAGAGGACAUUUUAUUUACAUUAAACAACAUUAAAUGUUGAAUUUUUCUCAAAUAAUGGACACUUCGUAGGCAGCAGACGAGGAAUAUGACAGGAAAGACUUAUUUAUAAGCAUGUCUGUUCACAUGGUGAACCAAAUAUUCUAAUCUAGAUAAAUGUAAAUAAUAAAAUAUUUUUUAAAAGUUUCACAUAAAUUUACACAAACCUCUGCAUAUACUUUACAUGUACCUUGAUUAGAGACAACUAAUACCUAGCCAUGUAUUGACCUAUGAGACAUUUAAUAGUAUCACAUGCCAGAACCAGCAUAUCAUAAUUACUUCAACAUUAUUAGUUAAUGCUCAGCAUUAAGAGAGGUUUUAUACAAUAAAUUUCACCUUACAUCAUCAAUUCAUUCUCGGCUUAAAGAGAGAUUUCAUACAAUAACAUUCACCUUGACACAAAUUUAUACGCAGCUCAAAGAGAGGUUUUAUACAAUAGCAUUCACCUUGACAUAAAUUUAUACGCAGCUCAAAGAGAGGUUUGAUACAAUAACAUUCACCUUGACACAAAUUCAUACGCAGCUCAAAGAGAGGUUUUAUACAAUAGCAUUCACCUUGACAUCAUCAAUUCAUUCUCAGCAUCAAAGAGAGGUUUGAGAAUAAAUUAAUUCCUAGUUACCUACAUGAUAACUUUCAAGUUUAUAUCUAUAGAAGUGUUUUCAUCAUCAGGAUUUUUAUAUGACUAUAGAUGACUGAAAUAUCUACACGUUUCAGUUAGAAUACAAGUUUCUUUCAACACUCAUCACGCUGUUAUAUGCCAUCUUCUGUAAAAUAUGUUAAAAAAGACUAGAGGCUAGCGUUUUAAUAUCAGUCAUUUUCAUAAUCACUUCAAAUUUGUCUUCACUGUCCAAAUAAUAAAAUCUACAAAUAAAUUAUUCAUAUGUAAAAACAUAUGAUACCUUUAUUCUGAAUAAAAUUCACACCCCAAUAAAAAUGUUUCUUAUAUUCAAUCACACACUAUUUACAAUAUUUACAUAGCCUUUGAUCCAGUUCUACUGCAACUGGUAGAUUACUACAACGAAACGAACUAAGGUUCUGUGAAGGGAUCUAGGAAUAAACAAUUUGGAGACAACUCUUUCUGUAUAAUAUCCUGAUUUAUUUAACCUGCGUGACACUGGUAAGGUAUUUUGCUUAUAUUCUCAAGAAUUGCGGUCAUCUUUAAAAUGAUUGGAUGUAUUAGCUUGCCCGCGUUGUGCUUCCAUACCUAGAUAAUAUUACAUACACCCGUAUGGAGAUGAUCAUUACAAAUCAUCUUUUCAUCCUUUCUGUUUUUCAUGAAAUAAAAUCUUAAAUUGUACAAGGCACUUAAUAUACAGCAAACUGUAUUGUACGAAUGAAUUA